UCCUUGUCAGCAUCUGAACUGAAGUAACACAACAUCAACUAUCAGAUCGUUGGCCCAAUUACGCUCUUCAUCAUGGUCCUAAGCGACAAUGAGGAGACAGCACAGGAUGUCCAUACUUCCUCCCUCCCGUACUUACGCUCUCCUCUCCCUUCGAUGCAGUCCCAACUCCCACCUUCGUCAACGAAUGACAAAACAAGCACACAAGUAAAGGACAAGCAAGCUAUCGUUGCACCUCCGUCGUCGGUGGCGGAGCUAUGCGGGAACACGCUCCAGCUGGACGCUCACGCGCCUUUUACAUCCGUCACAAGACUGUCGCCUGCUUCGGAAUCUGUUCAAAUCACUACAAUUGAACACUCGCCUGCUGCUGUGCCGUCUGGAGCGGACGUUACGAUCCGACUCCAGACUGAGCUGCUAACAACCGCCGACGAACUGUACCGCAAGGAUAUAGAUGGUCACGGUGAAGGACGCGCGGGGAAGGCUCCUGAACGGAUUUCAGUAGUGCCGCUACCGCCAUUUUUAAAGCGCUUCCCUAAGGCAAAUACACAGGAGUUGACAGAUGAGGAUUAUUGGUCUUCGUUUCCGCCACACAUAAAAAACUUUGCGCAAAAAAUGUACAAUAUUGCGCAACAGAUGGUACAGUCCGAUGCCGUGCUGAAGACUGGAUUCAGCGCGACUGAAGCUACCACGAUAACCGCAAGGGCCAGCAUGGACGUUCCAGGUUACCCUCCAGGAGCAUAUCCGUCGCUACCUUUUGACCCCUCAAUUUUCUCCGAUCCCGAGUUCACUUUAUCGGUAGACCGAGCAACAGCUGCUCUGGGGACUGCUCUACCAUCACCUGGUCAAUCUCACCCUCCUGAGUUCGGCCAAGAGGAGUUUAUCGAGGAUGACUACAGCGAAGAUGCUGAUGCUGUAGACGGCGACAUUGAGGAUCAAGACCUCGAUGAGAACGAUUCUGAUCUGCAGCCACAAGCAGCAUCAGUUCCGCACGCGCCACAUUUUCGUGGAUCGCUGCCUGCGACCUUUGCGCAGGUAGUUCUGAGCUACGAGGAAACGCGAAGUGGACCGCUUUCGACUGACUUCAGAACUAAGUUAUCAAUGCCUGCUAUGCCAACGCUAGCAGCGCCUGUUGAGGAAUUGGUAUUUCAUAAGAAAAACAAGAAAGUCUCAUCUAUUAAAUACCGGCGGUUAGCGCCGAAAGUCCGGUAGUGCCGGGACAGGGAGUGGGAAUGGGCACGGUGCCGGGAUCGGCGCUGGAAAAGGGUAGUGGGGGGACCGGUGGAGAAUUCAGGAAGCGCUCACUGCCUCUCACCGCCAACGCCAUGCCUGCAGCACGAGCAGCAACAAAAGAAAAUAUAUCUUCCAAUCCUCCGCCAAGCUCCCGCGCGCAGGGAAAGCAGCCUAUGUCGUAUGCACCGCCGACAACG